AGCUUGAUCCGGUCAUGGCUUCAGAGUUUUAACAGCCACCACACGAUAACUCAUAAUGACUCGUUGAUAGCAGCGCCAUGGUGAUUCCCCGCUGACACGCAUGUCGUCGGUUUUCUUGACAACCUGAAAACUUAAAAACGUUUUAUUUGUAGACGGACAAGUUGCGCCUGCGCCGUGAUCCUACGUUUUUUUCCCCCUCCAGCUUGAGGUAUGUUGCUUUGCUUGAAAACCAGCAGCUGCUGCAAAGAGCAGAGGCACAGGCAAAGUGCAAUAUCAGAUCGACUCACACUGACAAGACAAAACGACAGUCCAGGGCUGUGGAUCAUAACGGAGCUCACAUCAGAUCACAUGCAGUCAUCUCUGUCUGCUCUGUAGGCGAGACGAGCCGUUUUAUGAGGAGGACGCUCUCUCUCGUGGAUGAUCUCCCACAGCCAGGUCCACGUAUUGAGAGAUGAUCUAUUUUUGUGAUGGCGAAGGGUCUGUUUCCACGGGCCUGGGUGAAAAAGUCUUUCUACUUUCAGGCUCGGAUCUCCUUUGUGCGGGUGAAGUACCUGUUCCUGACAUGGCUGACUGUGCUGGUGGGGAGCUGGGUGCUCUAUGUGCAAUACUCCGCCUACACAGAGCUGUGCAGAGGACACGAGUGCAAGAACGCCAUUUGUGAUAAAUACAGGAAGGGAAUCAUCGACGGCUCUGCCUGCAGCAGUCUGUGUGAUAAAGAAACGCUCUACAUGAGCAGGUGUCUGUCCACGCUGCCAAAUAACCAGGUGUACACAGGAAGCUGGGGAGACCACGAUGGGACGAUCCGCUGUAAGCUGGGGGAGGUGGUGCACUACGAGCUGGGCGAGGAGCCGGAGCCACGGAGGGAAGCCCCCGUGUUCGACAAGCCCACCAGAGGCACGUCGGUGGAGAAGUUCAAAGAGAUGGUCUUUAAUCACCUCAAGUCCAAGCUGGGAGAGCAGGCUAACCUCGCCAGCCUUGUCAGCCAGAUCCUCUCUGUGGCUGAUGGCAACAAAGAUGGACGGGUGUCACUGCCAGAAGCCCGCUCUACAUGGGCCCUCCUGCAGAUGGAUGAGGUGCUGCUGGGCCUGCUGCUCCAGGACCGCGGACACACUCCUCGCCUCCUCGGCUACUGCGGGGACCUGUACAUGACGGAGCGGGUCCCCUACGGGCCCCUGUAUGGUUUGUCUCUGCCCUGGCCGUUUGUCUCCUGGGUGCCCAGCGGUGUGCAGCGCACCAUGGACCAGUGGUUCACCCCCUCGUGGCCUCGCAAAGCUAAAAUCUCCAUGGGUCUCCUGGAGCUGGUGGAGGACAUCUUCCACGGCACCUACGGCAGCUUUCUGAUCUGUGAUCUCGCCGCGGCGCACUUUGGUUACACCGACCGCCACGAGCUCCGUCUGACUAACACCCGAGCCGUGGUGCCCGAGGACGAGUUCAGGCGCACCAUGCGGGUGCAGAAGUGCGAGACGGAUGCUGACUGUGUGUACGGGGUGGACUGCCAGACGUCGUGUGACGUGGCAGAGAAACGCUGCAGGGAGGAGCCGGUUCAGCCAAACUUGGCAAAGGCGUGCAGCACACUGAAGGACUACCUCCUGCGUGGGGCGCCGUCAGGGCUGAGCGAGGAGCUGGAGAGGCAGCUGUACGCCUGCAUGGCUCUCAAGGGGAACGCUGGACAGAUGAACAUGGAGCACUCGCUUAUUCUGAACAACCUGAAAGCUCUGCUGUGGAGACAGAUCUCACACACCAAGGACUCGUGACGAGGGGAGGAAGUCCUUCUGAUAUCGUGCCAGUCAGUUCCACAAAACUGGAGCUGAGUAUUAAAGAUGCUGUGAUUUAGGAAUAGCAAAUUUAAUGAAGUAGUUUUUAUCAACACUUAACACUUAUGAAUGGUCAGAGUGAUGGAGACCCUACCUCCUCUAUCUCAGUUUCAGAAAUUUGGGGCCUGGAAAACACGUCCGAGUACUUUCGAAUAUCAGACUUACAUAAACUGAAUUUGUUGCAUGUUACCAUCAGUCACUCUGAAAACUGCUCAUGCAGUCACAUCAUAUUGUAUUGUAUUGUUCACCACAGUGGAAUGUUUCGGGGCAACGCUGGAAAAACAGGCUCGUAAACAGAUUAUCCUGUUAGUCUCAAGAGCUGAGAGACCAAAUUGCUGUUUUUGCCACAAAAUCUUGCAGAUAUGUAUGGGCUGAAAAAGAAAUGAAUUAUUGUACAGAGCUGCAGAUGAAAGUGUAAUGAAAUUGCACUAUUUUCAGAUAGGCUCCUUGAUUAUGUUAUGUUAACUUUAACAUAAUCAGGGAGUGUACCUUUAAGGCUAGUGAUACUCUAUGUUUUUGUAACUGGCAAACAUUUCGAAACACCAAAAACAACUUAAUUUCCCAAUACAUUAGUAACGUUUUUCUACACUGUCUGAUGCAUGUCUGAGUCCAAAGUCCUUUGGUGUUCACAAACUCAUGCAGCACUUUCUUCUUUUUUCAAAAGCAAGUGAAUCAACUUCCUAAAACAGCUUGGCACUGCAGUUUUUUUCCGGCCUAAAAAAAGAAGUUCAGCUUCAGAUUACAUGUGUUGGUGCAGUAGUGAGUAUUUAACAUAGACCAGUAGUAGGCAACCUGCGGCUCCGGAGCCACAUGUGGUUCUUCUGGCCAUCUACAGCGGCUCCCUGUGGCUGUGACCAAAUAAUUAUAUGAAAUAAUAACAGUAAUUUCAUUACAUUUUAAUCUUAAUUUAUCAUUGGUGUGGGCCCAAAUCAAUUUGUAUUCUUCAAUUGUAAAAAUGUGUGGUUUAUAAACGGCAGUAAAACAUUUUCUUUUAACAUUUUAGUCAACUAAAAUGUAGAUCAUAGCUCAUGAAAGUCUACGGCCCGGCACAUUAACCUCUAAAUUUUGCAAAAUUCAAGUCUAGUUUUGCGUUUCCCUCGCCAGGCUAGCUUUCUUAAGAUAUUUCUCAGGAGUCUAUCCUUUUAUUUGCACUUGGAUCCUCUCCGCAUUCUGACAAAACCAUAUUAAUAACUGUUCAUUGUGACCUAUUAGUAAUGUUGGUAGGCUAAUUAGCCUUCAAUUAAGGCUGUUUUAUCUUCAUUAUAGGGCUCGGAAAAAGCAUUUGCGGCUCAAUUAAAAGAUUUUUUUCUCUUUUUUUGGCCAAUAAUGGCUGUUUUAAAGCCACAAGUUUAGCAUUGUGGCUAUCAACACCUUGGGGACCAUAUUUGGACAGGAGGGUGAAGUCGGCCGAGGCAGACACUAAGUUACCAGCUAGCCCUAGUAAUUCAAAAGGAACGGCCAACUUCUUAAGAUUGUACUUCACUACAACGGAACACUGAUAAGUGAUAAAUAAGCGACCAAAUGUAACAAUUAACUCUGAUGAACUGAAAACACCAACAGAGUCACAGUUGUAACACACAAUGCACCCCACCCUAAAGUAUAUCCUGCUUUAAUGUCUAUUUUAUUCUAAAUGGGAUGAUCAUUUACAAAGCUAUCAUGCUUUAUUUAAGACCUGAAACCAUAUAUAUAACACAUGAACACAUAAAACAAUAUAUUUCUACUGAGGUAAUAAAUCAAGUGAGAAGUAGGCUUAUUUUCUUAUGGACUUCUAUACAAUCUGACUUCUUUUUACGACUGAUGGAGUCGCCCCCUGCUGGCCAUUAGAAAGAUUACAGGUUUAAAUCACGUCCACAUUGGCUUCACUCCUAAGAUCUGGUUGUUGCGGCUUGCAGCAUGACAGUGUAUGCACUAUUAACUCAAAAUAAACUGCAGUGCCCACCUAAUGUUCACCAUAAUACGCGAACAUGUCACCCAGUGCAACAUCAUGAGCAAUAACAGAUUUUAGUUUAUUUUAUCGGAACAGAAUGAUGAAAACAUAGAAUAUCACAAGACUUAACCUUUUAACAAGCACAGAUUAGUGACACAUUAAAGGAAAAACUUGAAGAAAUUAGCGGAGAAAUUUAAGAAAUACCGUUUUUCAUACAGGAUCCAGAGACUUUGAGAGUCUAUGCCAAGGAGCUGUAACUUUUCCUUUAGUUGUCACUCGUCUGCAUAACAAAGCGAGGCAGUUCAUUGGCUUCAAAGUGGACAACGUGAUGGUAUUUGUCAGUGUUGGACAGCAGGGAUCAUGUUGUGUCAGUGUACUUCAAUCUGCUGUACAUCCUCCACCUGUGACGCUAGUGACAUCAUCAAUGCUGCAUCAAUGACACAAGGAAUAUUAAUGUAUUUAAUUUGGUUUGUGAAUGUUCUCUACUUGUAUUUUCACUGAACAGAGUAUUUGUGGUAAUGUGCUGUAUCACAUUAUUUGUUGGGGUUUUGUCUCAGUGCCAUAAAGAUCAUGCUGAAAUCAUUUGUGAAUGUUUACCACCAGUCAAGGUGGAGAUCUUAUCAACAUUUGAAUGCUGUAUAAAGAGUAUUUUUCAUGAUCCCUUCCAGACAUUGAUGUUGUGAAGUUGCUGUGACUGAGUUGACAUCCUGACUUGUUGAACCACUUUAAAUGCAUUUUAGAACAGACAUGACCUGUAAAGCAUGUCAAGCUUGUGGUCAAUGCUGCUGUUUGAAUUUUGAAAAUGUCAAAAAAAAAAAAAAAAAAAAAAAGUUUACUUAUUGAAGAGACCAGCAUGAUUUUGCACAAUUAAACUACAUACCACUUCACUGUAA